UAGACUUAAAACAAGCCGGUGCUUCAUAAAAUCCUUCAGCUCUGUCUAUCUGUAGCUCCCCAUAAUUACAGCUAUAUAUUUUUUGAUUGGAUAUUGGAAACGCAGCCAAACUUAGUGAUGUCGAUGCCAAACACUGAUCUGCGAUCUAAGAACUAUAGGAUGGAGUCGGUGGGGAGGACAUUAAAAAUGCACGCUCGAAACAAAACCAAUGAAACGACGAUACAUUCGGUUUCCUCCGAAAAACCGGGGAGCACCGACCCACCCUGGCAGAAAGUUCAAAAAAGCACAGGCAAGCGCCAAUGCCCGCCGCGAAAGCAUCCGGAAAGGAAGACCAGGGACGAGAGGACCAUUGAGAAGUUUCGGAACAUCGAUUUCUUCGGGCAGCGCGACUCGAACCACAUGCUGACGGUGCAGAACCUGGAGUUCCCAGACGUCAACAUCAAGCGCACCGAGCUCCAUAAACGCGAUGACUGCGGUAAGAGCGUGAUCCGUGGCAAGGGACGCGACUUCGCCAGCUCUAGCAACUCGCACUUCAGGGACGGCGUGGAGACGGUCAAGAUCCGCAAGGAACCAUGCUCCUCGUCCAGUGUGGUGCCGAGUCCGCAGACCGACUACAGGCCGAGCGGCGAUCGGUACUGGGAGGAGUCCGCGGGUGAGCCCGAUUCGGAGGAGCUGGUGGACUCCAUGCACGCGCCCUCCACGCGUCCCCCCAACUUCCAGGGCGAGGAGUGGAGGCGCCCGUGCCCGGCCAGCUUUGUGGCCGGUGCCCCGCGUCCCCGCAUCGGGCGAUGUCCGAAGAACUACGAGCAGCUGGCCAAGCUGACGCCCGCCCGCCAGAAGUUCUUCCUCACCCAGGAUCCGCGCAAGUCGCACUGCCUCGUCAAUCCGGUGGCGCUGCGGCACACGCCGCUGACGAAGGAGCAGGAGUUCAGCCUGAUCAGCAAGCUGGUCAAGCACGGGGACAACCUCUGUGCCAGCACUGGGUCGGAGACCUCGGAUACGCACAUAUGCGAGGUCAUCGACCUGCAGAAUCCGCUGAAGCUGGACUUCCACGGCAUGGACUACAAGACGACCUACGAGCAGGACGAGAUCGAGCAGCAGAACGCUCUAACCUUUUGGCGCGUUCAGCGGUACAUGGCGAGGCGCAAGGCCAAGAAGAACACCAAGGUGAAGGUGGAGGCCGAGCUGAAGGAGGAGCGCCUGGCGGUGCCGCAGCGCUACAACACGAAGAUCAAGGACGUGCCCGUGGAGGACCUUACGCCGCCUCGAUCGCCACGCCUCGUGCACCUCUACCGCAGCCCCGACAAGCCGGCCAACAAGCUGAAGAUCGAGGAGGAGCACAGGCGACGGGCCGCCCGCUACAAGGACAUCUAUCUGCGGAAGAAGCAGCGCGAGGAGGUGGAGCUCCAAGAGCGGCGCAAGCAGGAGGCGGCCGUCAAGGAGGUCGAGGGACGGACGGUGGCCGAGGAGGACCUGCGUGCCGACGUGGCGGUCAUCGACGACGCCAUCGAGCGCAGCUUCCGCAAGCACGUGGAGCUCAAGCCCAUCAUCCGCAAGCGGAAGGUCUUCCCCAAGACCCUCACCGAAACGGAGCGGCUGAAGGCGAUCAUGCACCGCGAGGACUGCGUGCGUCGCGACAAGGCCCGUGUCACGCAGCAGUUCUUCUUGGAGCGCACCGGAAAACUGAAGUACCUUCCGGACGCGGAGCAGCAGCUGGGCUGCGACGAGAGCAUCGAGGGCAGCGUGGGAUCCACGCCCAGCGAGCAGAGCAGCGACGACGAGGACUACCUGCAGGUGGGCAAAAUUGGCGACAAGUUCCAGCUGCGUGGCUUCCACUUCAAGCACGGCGACGGCCUGCGUGGCAAGCUGCACCGGCACCAAAUUAUGCAGGGCCAGCGCACGGUGAAGGGAUGCCUCACGCGCGAGGAGUGGCUCAACCAGCUGGUUCCGCACAAGGAGCCCAUCAAGCUGGAUGUGGAGCGCGGCAUUAUCAAGGUGCUCGACCCUGACGACCCAAACUUGGACCUCUUUCCGCCGGAGCCUCUGCUCGUGAGGAGGCGGGAGCGACAGAGCGCCGUCAGGGAAUUCAUCGAUCAGCGUCUCGGCCUGCACUACCACCGCCGGCUACGCAAAAACCUGAAAAUUGUUAAGCCCAAGCCGGCGUACAACGUGAAGAAGUUCAAUCUGAUCCGCUACGUUUUUCCCGAGAAGGUGCUUGUCCCCGAUGACCGCGUGCCGGUGGAGGAAAUGGAGGUGCUGGACGCCACCAAGGUGAACACCACCCUGGAGUACCUCGAUCUCAAGCAGCAGCUGGCCAAGUCCAAGCGCCACAAGAAGAAGCUGGCCCGGAUGCAGCUGCUCGGCCUGCCCUGCAUUGAGAAGCAGGAGCUGAGGGCGGCAGAUCCCUGCCUGGAGGUCGAGGAGGAACUGGACGUCGACUGGGUGCCAACUCCAGAGCCUCCUUACAAUGAGGGCGAGGGUCAGGAGGGUCAGGAGCGUCAGGAGGGCGGAUGCGACCGUCCGCACAAGGGGCUAACCGGCUUCUCUCAUCCGGAGGCCAUACGCAGCGCACCCAACCCAAAGAAGUCCGGAUGGUCCGGCUUUAAUCGCGCCCGCUCUGGUCAGGAGGCCAUCAUGGGCGGACCCUUCUCAGCCAGCGUGGAAUCCCAACCGGCCCGCUGGCGGGGAAACAUGCCAGCUCCCAAGGAAAGGGAGAAGACCCUAACGAUUCACCCGAGACGGAAGCGCGAUUACGCUGCCGAGCGCAUUCCAUCGGCGGUUUUCAACGAGGUGCUGCAGUACUCGCCACUGCCGCUCCUGGAGCAGCCGGAGCCAGAGAAGCUACGCUUUGCCAAUGUGAGGACUAAAAAGCGCCCGUAUACAGAAAUAUUUGAGGCCAGACACCACCACGACCAUUGGGCACCGACCCAAGUAAAGAAUGUCCACGUUCAGUAUCAGCCGAAGACCGUGCUGCCGGAGAUUACGAAGGUGGCGAAGAAGGUGCGUGAGCCGGUACUGAAGUUUGAGAGGGCCAAUCCGCCCAGCAGCAAGUAUGUGGACAAGGACCUGACCAUGCCCAGCUAUGACUUUGAGAAGGUGAUCGCUGAGCACCUGGCCGCCACACGGACUGACAACAAGGAGGCGGCUGGCGAAAUAGUGCCCGACCUGUGCCAGCCAUACGACUUCGUCUUCCAUUCGCGCGAUCCCGAGGAGUUGGCCAAGGUGGACUUUCCGGGUAGGAGACAGUACCUGGAUCUGCUGCGUGAGACACGCGAAGCCAUUUACGAGACCAAAGACAUCGAGCCCGGCGAAGAGCGCCUCUUGGUUGACCGCCGCGCAGUGGUUGCGGACCUCGAGGAGGAUCUCAAGAGCAUUGAGAACUGCCUGACCUCGUUGAGCAGCUCCGAUUGCACCGAUCUUUCCAACGACAGUGGCAGCUACAUGGUGAUCGAGGACAAGACCAAGUUGCCCCUGGACUACAUUCGAAAGCCGCUGGUGCCGUUCGAGGAGAUGCGGCGAGCUCGGUUCCACGCUGCGGUAAUCGAUGUGAACGCCGAGGACGAGGACCCCUACCGCAUGCUGCCCUUUUCGGGCCAGCACAAGGAGCAGGCCGAUAUGCUGGGGCCCAAGGACACGUUUUUUACCUUCAGUACUCGGCUGCGAAACAGCCUUCGCCUGCGACUGGAGGUUGCGGUGCCGGACGUCCGCAAGACGCUGUUGGGACCCGGCAGCCGCAAGUACUACGGGGCGGUGAUCACUGACCUCGACGAGAACUACAUUGAGGAGCUCAAGAGCCGCGCCACAAUCAAGUCCUUUAAGUUUAAGACAAGCAUCCAAUUGCUCAAGGACGCCAUGCGACUGAAGUACGAGUCCCUGCUAAUCCAGGGGCAAAUGGUGCGCACCAAGAUCUACGACCGCAUGAACGAGCGCCACUGGGUGGACAUGAAGAACACCAAGAACUUGUACGAGGCACUAUUCGCCAAGUGGAAGAAGAAGGAGUACAACGCGGCCAUGACGAUGGUGUACCAGGUAAAGUCGUACUAUGAGACCACCGACAAGCUGAAGCAGGAAUACCGCAACUUAGAGCGCGAGCUGAUGAUGCUCAACAUGGACAUUGUGUUCAUCGAGGGCCACUGGAUUCGCUGCAUCAUGUUGCAGAAUUUCCACUACCUAAUGGGCGACCAGGACUGGCGAGCGGUGCACGACUGGAUACACCUGGUCCCCAAGGAUGGCCACCGAGUGGGCAGUGGAGAGGGCGAGGACGAUGAGGAACACAGUGUGGGGACGCCAGAAAGUGGGGACGGGGAGGAAACGGAACUGGAGCCCUACGACGUGUCGAUUGCGAAGCGAGCCAUCGUUAACAUUCGAGUGCGCGACAAAGACGACGCCUGGGCCAUCCGCACUUUCUACUACGACGUCUACAUGCAAAAGGUCCACCCCAUCCUGCAGGUCUUCCCAGACGCGGAGUCCUUCCUGCAGGGCCUCGAAAGCCUGAAGACCAAGACGUUUAUGUUGCUUCUCGAAAUGCACCUCACGUUAUCCAUUCACACUGAACUGCAGGGCCGUCUUGAGACAUUUGUCGACUGGUGCACCAAUGACCUGAGGGAAAAGCAGGAGUAUGUUGCCCGUAAGUCUGCCAAGAAGUUCUUCAUGGAGGACCGUGCCAUUGAGAUGGAGGAGCGGGUCCACCAAUACCUGGCCCGUCCCAUCGAGGAGACGAUCGCGGACGAGGACUUCAACAAGCACCGUGCCGUGCUGGCCGAGGUGUGGCGUCGCGUGGUCCCGGACUCGGUUCGCGGCACCAGUGAUGUCCUGCCCAGCACUGCUGACAUGGUGGCCGCUGUAAGUGACGUUGUCAUGGAGAUCCUGUCGAAAUUCGAGCACAUGGACAUUGAGAAGGUCCGGUCCGUGGAAGCCACGCUGCGCAAGCAACGCCGGUACAGGGAAAAGCUCUCCUACCAGGCCUAUCAGGUGGAACGGCGCAUCGACAUGGAGAUGAAGAAGGUGCGACGCAACCUGGAGCCACCCUACAAGAAGCCGAAGCGCGAGGGUCGUCUGCCGAGGCUGUACCUCAAGAAGAGGGUCAUCCCAGAGGAGAAGGAGGUGCUGGUGAUAUCUGAGAACACGAAGAACUUUGUGCGCGCCUUCAGGGAGGACGGCUACACAGGCGACCAGAUUACCCACACCUCCCUGCUGACCGUGGACAAUAUGCAGGAGCAGAUCGUGCCCUUCUAUUUUGACCACUUCCUAAAGAUCAACGGCUACACGCCCAAUUACAACUUCAGGACCAAUGUUGACCUGCGGGACGGACCCGAGUUUAACCGCUUGAAGGUGCGCGAAGUCUUACCUGAUGUCCUGGCCAGGCUGGAAAUGUUGGAGACGAUGCACAAGAAGACCAUGGAGGAAAACAUCCAGAGGAACCCGAAGAUGUAUGAGAAUGUCAUCUAGUAACAGCAGUUCGAUCCUUUCUGCGAUCUCUUUAAUACAAAAGUGAUCGCAGCGUUGUGCCUGUUUGCAGAGCACAGCUUUGAGCACACAUGUUUGAAUAUUUUAAAUUUGAAGUUUAAUGCAAUAGCUAAAUAUUAAUUAUUAUUGCAAUAGUAACCAUACUAGUUAUUCACAGAAACUGUCAAAGCUUUAAUGCUGACCUAUAGCCAUCAAAAUAAAAAUUAAAGAAAUAGUAGCUCAAAUUGCCAAACUAGGACACCGUCACUUAAACAUUAAAAAAAUAAAAUAAAUU